GACUCAUUGUGUCUGUGUCGAGGCGUCGGGAGGGCCUAGCUCCUUGUGCAGCGCCCUUCGGCCGGUCUGAGCCCCAGAGUCGGCUCCCCUUUCUCUCCCAGCGCCCCAAGGCCGCUCCCGGGGCUCACGGAAUCAUACAGAAACAGAUAUCAGAGAACAUUUUCAAGGACAGAAAGGACAGACUUUAUUUGGAUCAAGUCAGUUCUCUGAGCCUGAAUGAUGACUGCUGAAUCAAGGGAAGCUACUGGUCUGUCCCCCCAGGCUGCCCAAGAGAAGGAUGGUAUCGUAAUAGUGAAGGUAGAAGAGGAAGAUGAGGAGGAACACAUGUGGGGGCAGGAUUCCAGCCUGCAGGAGACUCCUCCUCCUGACCCAGAGAUCUUCCGCCAACGUUUCAGGCACUUCUGUUAUCAGAACACUUUUGGGCCUCGAGAGGCUCUGAGUCGACUGAAGGAACUUUGUCAUCAGUGGCUUCGACCAGAGAUAAACACCAAGGAGCAGAUUCUGGAGCUGCUGGUGCUAGAGCAAUUUCUUUCCAUCCUGCCCAAGGAGCUUCAAGCCUGGCUGCAGGAAUACCGUCCCGAUAGUGGGGAGGAGGCUGUGACCCUUCUGGAAGAUUUGGAGCUUGAUUUAUCAGGACAGCAGGUCCCAGGUCAAGUGCAUGGACCUGAGAUGCUCGCAAGGGGGAUGGUGCCUCUGGAUCCUAUUCAGGAGUCCUCGAGCUUUGACCAUCAUGAGGCCACCCAGUCCCAUUUCAAGCAUUCAUCUCGGAAGCCCUGCCUCUUACAAUCACGGGCUCUCCCUGCCACCCACGUUCCUGCCCCUCAUCACGAGGGGAGUCCCAGAGACCAAACAAUGGCUUCUGCACUAUUCACGGCAGACUCCCAGGCGAUGGUGAAGAUCGAGGACAUGGCUGUGUCCCUCAUCCUGGAGGAGUGGGGAUGUCAGAACCUGGCUCGGAGGAAUCUCAAUAGGGACAACAGGCAGGAGAAUUAUGGGAACGUGUUUUCCCAGGGUUGUGAAAGCAGGAAUGAGAAUGAGGAGUCGACCUCCAAGGCUGAAAUCACAAAAGACUCAGCAUCACGUAGGGAGACGAGAGGAAGAAUCCAGAAAGAUUUUGGAGAAAAACAUGAACAGCAGGGCAGAACAGCAGAAAGGCAGCAGAAGAAUCCUGAGGAGAAAACUGGAAAAGAAAAGAAAGAUUCAGGGCCAGCUACAGCCAAGGAAAAAAAAACAACCACCGGAGAGAGAGGUCCCAGGGAGAAGGGUAAAGGAUUGGGAAGAAGCUUCAGUCUGAGCUCAAACUUUAACACCACUGAAGAAGUUCCAACAGGAACAAAGUCUCAUAGGUGUGAUGAAUGUGGUAAAUGCUUCACAAGGAGUUCAAGCCUUAUUCGCCAUAAAAUCAUCCACACUGGAGAAAAGCCCUAUGAAUGCAGUGAAUGUGGGAAAGCCUUCAGUCUGAACUCAAACCUUGUCCUGCAUCAGAGAAUCCACACAGGAGAGAAACCUCAUGAAUGUAAUGAGUGUGGCAAAGCCUUCAGUCAUAGUUCAAAUCUCAUUCUGCAUCAGCGAAUUCACUCUGGAGAGAAACCUUAUGAAUGUAACGAGUGUGGGAAGGCCUUCAGCCAGAGCUCAGACCUUACAAAACAUCAGAGAAUCCACACAGGGGAGAAACCCUAUGAAUGUAGCGAAUGUGGAAAAGCUUUCAACCGAAACUCAUACCUUAUUUUACAUCGGCGAAUUCACACCCGAGAAAAGCCCUAUAAGUGCACUAAGUGUGGCAAGGCCUUCACCCGGAGCUCGACUCUCACUCUGCAUCACAGAAUCCACACUGGGGAAAAACCCUAUGUAUGCACCAAAUGUGGAAAAGCCUUCAGCCACAGCUCAAACCUUACCCUUCAUUACAGAACACACUUGGUGGACCGGCCCUAUGACUGUAAGUGUGGAAAAGCCUUCGGUCAGAGCUCAGAUCUCCUUAAACAUCAGCGCAUGCACACCGAAGAGGCACCAUAUCAGUGUAAAGAUUGCGGGAAAGCUUUCAGUGGUAAAGGCAGCCUCAUUCGACACUAUCGAAUACACACUGGAGAGAAACCUUAUCAGUGUAAUGAAUGUGGGAAGAGCUUUAGUCAGCAUGCAGGUCUUAGUUCUCAUCAGAGACUCCACACUGGAGAAAAGCCAUAUAAAUGUAAGGAGUGUGGAAAAGCUUUCAACCACAGCUCCAAUUUUAAUAAACAUCAUAGAAUCCAUACUGGGGAAAAGCCCUAUUGGUGUAAUAAUUGUGGGAAAACCUUCUGUAGCAAGUCAAAUCUUUCCAAACAUCAGAGAGUCCACACUGGAGAGGGAGAAGUGCUUUAACUGUCAAGUAGGCUCUCGGUGUUAUUGUGUGUGUGUGUGUUUGUAACUAGAACGUGUAUGCUAGGGAGAAGUCAGAUAAUUGUAAUAUAGACUUAAGUGCUAGGUUUUGUUUCAUUCAACAUCAAGAGACCCUGGAGGAGUGAGAGAAUGGUACAGUAGGAAGGAAGGGGAUUCCUCGCCAGCUUAACUGAAGCCGAUCCCCUCACCACACUUCAGGUCCCAGUAACCAUGCCGGCAUUGCCUUUUGUAUAGUUAAAGUGAUGUGUAUCAAGUAUAGUUACGGAGAAAGCAUUAUGACUGUUUAACUUUUAUCAUACAUUAAAGAAUUAUGAUUUGUAAAGAAUUGAGCCAUUUGAACAUAAUCUAAUCUGAUUCAGAAUAAAUUUAUAACAUCUUGUAAUACUUCAGGACUGUUACAAUAAAUGGUAUGUUGUUUAUUGAACACUAUUUAGAAAGAAAAAGUAUUCCUACUAGUUUAUCUUUUUGGGAAAUUUGGAUUUGGGGUAAAUAGAAUAUGUAGUACUUGUGAAUGAAUGUGUGUAUUAGGAAAUUGCAGUAGUGUGUAGAAUAGUUGCAUUUUGGUCUGUGCUUUUUUUCCCCUACAUACUGAAUACAUUUUUUUCAUCACUGGGAA